UGCAAAAAAUGUUUCCAACCCCAUCUGAUCCGCCGGCGAUUAUAAUCAAUAUGCUAAAUCUUGGUCCUAGCGGUAUAUAAGCCGGCUCCCGCAGGACCCGCCACACACUCCUGCGCACAUUACCCAGUACAACAAGUAUCAAGAUAUCAAGAUGAAGACUUUACUCGUGUUCGCCGCUUGCAUCCUCUUUGCUCAGGCUUUGACUGACGAGCAGAAGGAGAAACUCAAGAAGCACCGCACCGAGUGCCUCAGCGAGUCCAAGGUUGAUGAGACUCUCGUCAACAAGCUCAAGGGUGGAGACUACAAGACCGAAAGCGAGCCCCUGAAGAAGUACGCUCUGUGCAUGCUGAUGAAGUCAGAGCUGAUGACCAAGGACGGCAAAUUCAAGAAGGAUGUUGCUUUGGCGAAGGUCCCUAACGCAGCUGACAAGCCCACUGUUGAGAAGCUGAUUGAUGCAUGUCUGGCUAAUAAAGGGAACACCCCUCACCAGACCGCCUGGAACUACGUCAAGUGUUACCAUGAGAAGGACCCCAAGCACGCGAUUUUUUUGUAAUUGCCGAACACCAUCAGCAUUUGGAUUCUUCCUAAGGAUAUUCUGUUACAAUCACAAUUUUUAAAACAAAUGUCUGUACAUAAAACACACAAAUAUUUUUUUUAGCUUGAGACGUCUGUUCCUACAGCGUUCAACAACCAAAUGACAAAAUUAGUUCUUAAUGUCGCCGACAGAUGUCACUCGCGUUUUUUCUUUGUUUUUUAUUUUUCAGAGUAUAUUAAAAAGUAGUUGUAUAUUAUCAAAAGUAUUGUUUAAGAUUAAUUCGGACUACAGGGAAAAAUAAGGUAAAAAUUAAAUUUUACUUAGCAAAACUGCCUUAACGAAUUUAUUGUAGAACAGGAAUAAAGAAGAGUAUUUGAA